AUGGCAGCAGAUACCGAUAUGACUGGAGCCUCCCCUGUUGAUACCCUGCCGCACCCAAACGACGGUGGCCGCAUGCAUAUGUCAUCUCUUUCAUCAUCCUCUUCUAUAUCCGACGCAGAAACUGAGCGUCGAGGCCGAUCAGAACGUCCCCGAAUGGCGAGCCGCAAACCCAGUGCCUCGAUUCUGGUUCCCCGGGAUCACCCCGAAAUUGAAAUAGAGGAAGAAGAAUUUCCCCCCGACGACGCCCGCGCGAUGAGUCCACGUCGUAAUUCUGCCGAUCUGGAGCGUUUAGGCAAGGAAGCCAGACAGACCCUUCAAGAGCAAGCCAAGGCCCUACAAUCAUCAUUACAAGCUCUCGCCGAACGCAUCGAUGCAGUUAAAUCCGACCACGACAAGUUGGAGAACGAGAACAAGAUACUUCAAGACUAUAUUGGCGGUCUCACUCGCAACAUGACCAAGAGCGAAAUGACACGCAGUACGAAAGUCCGCAAAGCACAGAAGUAA